AUGAGGCAAUGUGACACUAUCCUCGACCCGUUUGAUGGAAGGUUGAUGCAGGGCGGGCUAGUUUUCCGCCAAAGUUUCACGAUCAGAUCCUACGAGCUAGGUACUGACUAUCGAGCAUCCAUGGAGGCCCUAAUGAAUUACCUGCAGGAAACAGCACUGAACCACUGCAGGAGUAUCGAGUUACUGGCCGAUGGUUUUGGUUCGACGCCAGAGAUGUGUAAAAGGGACCUCGUAUGGGUGACACCUAAAUUGCAGAUUGUGGUGGAUAGCUAUCCUCUCUGGAAUAGUAUUGUUGAGGUAGACACUUGGAUGGUUGCACUGGGCCGGAAUGGUAUGCACCGAGAGUGGCUCAUCCGUGAUCUGAAAACUGGAAAAACCAUGGUGAAAGCAGUAAGUAUGUUAGUCAUGAUGAACAAGGAAACGAGGAGAAUCGCGAAAUUUACCAAGGAGAUAAGGCUGGAGAUAGAACGCCAUACGAUGAACCAGGUUCCUAUCAUUGUCAUUGACAGCACCAAAAUGCGACCGCUUAAUGCCAAGACAGCAGAUUAUGUUCGAACAGGGUUGACUCCAAGGUGGAAUGAUUUGGAUGUCAAUAAUCACGUGAAUAACGUCAAGUACAUCAAUUGGAUUCUUGAGGCCAUUCCCCGGUCAAUAUGGGAAGACCAUGAAUUUCACGGUGUGAACAUUGAGUACCGAAGAGAAUGCAGGAGGGAUAGUUUGUUGCGGACUCUGUCGACAGGGGUGAGAGACGGUCCUGGUCACACUGCAGAGGAUGAAGGAAUUGAAUUUGAUCACUUGCUGCUUCUCGAAAAUGGAUUAGAAAUAGCAAGGGCCAGGACCAAAUGGAGGCCGAGAUGCUCGGCAGCUACCAGGAACUCAUUUCAGUUUUUGGGAGGUAAGGCUCAAUCUCGAGAUCAAGAUGAGGCAUAACUUUUGUAAAAGAAACUAUGCGCGAUUUGAUGAAAUGAUAAUAUUGUCCAUGGGCUGGCGCAUAUGCAAUGCCACGUGCGCAUUUGAAUU